CGCGGCGCGGGGCAGUGUGGGGCGGGGGGGCAGAACGCCUCCCGGCCGCGGGUUGGGCCCAGAGUCAGCAGCCGAGCGGGCGCUCGGGCGGGACAUGGCGGGCUGUGUGGCCCGACGGGCCCUGGCCGUGGGCAGCCGCUGGUGGUCCCGCUCGCUAACCGGGGCCCGGGGGCCGAGGCCGCUCUGUGCGGCGGGUGGAGCUGGGGCCUUCCCACCAGCGGCGACCACGACGACGCGGAGGCACCUCUCGUCCCGAAACCGACCAGAGGGCAAAGUUUUGGAGACAGUUGGUGUGUUUGAGGUGCCAAAACAGAAUGGAAAAUAUGAGACCGGGCAGCUCUUUCUUCAUAGUGUUUUUGGCUACCGAGGUGUCGUCCUGUUUCCCUGGCAGGCCCGACUCUAUGACCGGGAUGUGGCUUCUGCGGCUCCCGAGAAAGCAGAGAAUCCUGCUGGCCAUGGCUCUAAGGAGGUGAAAGGCAAAACUCACACUUACUAUCAGGUGCUGAUUGAUGCCCGAGAUUGUCCACAUAUAUCUCAGAGAUCUCAGACAGAAGCUGUGACUUUCUUGGCUAACCAUGAUGACAGCCGGGCCCUCUAUGCCAUCCCAGGCUUGGAUUAUGUCAGCCAUGAAGACAUCCUCCCCUACACCUCCACUGAUCAGGUUCCCAUCCAGCAUGAGCUGUUUGAAAGAUUUCUUCUGUAUGACCAGACAAAAGCACCCCCUUUUGUGGCUCGGGAGACGCUACGGGCCUGGCAGGAGAAGAAUCACCCCUGGCUGGAACUCUCUGAUGUCCACCGGGAAACAACUGAGAACAUUCGUGUCACAGUCAUCCCCUUCUACAUGGGAAUGAGGGAAGCCCAGAAUUCCCAUGUCUACUGGUGGCGCUACUGUAUCCGCCUAGAGAACCUCGACAGCGACGUGGUGCAGCUUCGGGAGCGACACUGGAGGAUAUUCAGUUUGUCUGGCACCCUGGAGACAGUGCGAGGCCGAGGGGUGGUGGGCAGGGAGCCAGUGCUAUCCAAGGAGCAGCCUGCGUUCCAGUACAGCAGCCACGUCUCCCUGCAAGCUUCCAGCGGGCACAUGUGGGGCACGUUCCGCUUCGAGAGGCCUGAUGGCUCCCACUUUGAUGUCCGGAUCCCUCCCUUCUCUCUGGAAAGCAAUAAAGAUGAGAAGACACCACCCUCAGGCCUUCACUGGUAGGCCAGCUGAGGCCCGAGUGCCUAGGCUCGGCCCCUGAAGAACAGCUCUGGUCCCACAAUUGCUGCAGAACUCUCUCUUUAUUUACCAUGGGCCACAGUGGGUCUGUCUGUCGUUUGCACCAUUUGAUCGUGGGCUUUUUUGGUGGGUGGGUAUAAUUUUCUCCGGAAGACCCGUGUAGGACUCCUCUGAGGCUGACUUCCCCUGGCUACACUGUGUUCCAGUAAACCUUUCCACCAGGAAUUCUGUGUUCAGCUGCCAUAGGCCCUGGGGUUUCCUGGCCUGUCACACGAGUUGUUUGAGACAUGAGGUUUGGUCAAUAAACCAGUGCACACUUGGCCACCCUCGCCAUUUCUGCCCCCAGGGGUCUCAGGCUCCCUUUUUGAUGCCCUGGGGGCCUUUGGUUGCUUUCCUUGCUGCCCUUCCAGGAAGCUGCCCCAUCUACUAGAGUAUGUAUGGGUUUCCCUCCCGAAGCUGGGGGUUGGCUGGAUGUUUCCCAGGGUCGCGGUGCCCCAGCCAGCAGGGUGGGGGCUAGACUGGACUCCCCUUCUUUAUCCUGCCAAGUGCAGAGCAGGAGGCCAACAUCGGGCUCAAGCUCUCAGCACUGGCCAGCCAUGGACAUCGCUGGCUUCCCUGAGCCUGGGAAGGAGGGCAGCAAGCCACAUGAGUUCCCGGGAAUAACAGGCUUGCCAGAUGAGCACGCGUCUCUCAGGCCUCCAGCCCACCCAUGCAGAAACUCAUCGAGGAGCUUUAGGUACGUAUGGACGGUGACUGAGCCAAGCUACUUUCUGAGCUGCUUGCUCACACAUCUCCAAGAGCCAGAGAAGAAAUGUGCUGCAUUUUCCCCUGAAUCUUAGGAUUCCUGCUUCCCUCCUACCGUAGUGAUUGUCAAAGAGGUUGUUUAUUCUUGAAUUAAUAUUAAAUCUCAGUUCCAGCCCUUA